UGAGCCUUCAUCUUUCGUUUCUCCUUCCUUUGUCUGAAACCUAUUUUUAUUUUGUUCUUGGAAGUGUCUUCCUUCUUCCUUAUAUUGGGGGUUUGAAUCUUGUCUGGACGAACCCUAUAUAGAAGAGGGAGGGAGCUUAGUUAACGGAGGCUGUAAAGAAUGGCGACGACGACCACAAGUAUUGGCGGCGGUGGUGGUGGUGGUGGGGAGGAUAGAGUUAUGGCUACCGCUCAGCAGAUUGUUAAGAGCCUCAAUACACCUAAGGAGGUUCAAGAAGACAUGCUUUUGAUCUUCUCUAGUUUUGACAAUCGUCUUUCUAAUAUCUCCAGUUUGGUCAACAGUGGAGAUUCGAAGAGGGAAGGGGAUCGGUAUGAAGCUGCUGAGAAGCUGAUUCUUCGUUGGGAUUCUGGUCCUGGAGCUUCUCGGAACUCUCUUAAUUGGGAGGAUUCGCCGGAGGAGGCGGCUGAGUAUUUAUCGGCGGUGGAUGAUAUCAUUCAGUGGAUCGAUGAGUUGUCAAUUCGUUCGGAUUCUGCUGAGAUCGUCGAGCGUGCUGAGAACGCGAUCCAGAUCGCUAUGUCGAGGCUUGAGGAUGAGUUUCGUCAUAUGUUGAUUCGGAACACUGUCCCUCUCGAUGCUGAGCAUCUCUACGGUUCAAUUCGGAAGGUUUCGCUCUCUUUUGCUUCACACGACAGCGAAAAUUCCGAUGAGUUUGAGUCGUUUGCCGAUGUUGACCGUGGUUCUGGAAUCUUCCAUGAGCGUGGUGUCAGUUUGGGCGAUGAUUUGCGAGUCGAUUUGAUCAAUCCUGACGCUGUCGUUGAUUUGAAAGAGAUCGCCGACCGGAUGAUUCGGUCUGGAUACGAAAAAGAGUGUCUCAACGUGUAUACUGGUGUCCGACGCGAUGCUCUUGAUGAAUGCUUGGUGGUUCUUGGAGUUGAGAAGCUAAGUAUUGAGGAUGUCCAGAAAAUUGAUUGGAAGAUCUUGGACGAGAAGAUGAAGAAAUGGAUCCAAGCUGUUAAGGUCAGUGUCCGAGUCCUUUUGACGGGCGAGAAGCGACUGUGUGACUAUAUCUUCAGCGGGUCCGAUGACUCUGAGGAAGUCUGCUUCAAUGAGACUGCUAAGGGGUGCAUCAGGCAGUUACUGAAUUUUGCAGAGGCCAUUGCCAUAGGGGAAAGGUCAGUGGAGAAGCUAUUUCGUAUUCUAGAUAUGUAUGAAGCUCUGGAAUACGUUUUGCCGGACUUGCAGGCUAUGAUCACUGAUGAAUUUGUGAUUGAGGAGGCGCAAGGAGUGCUUUCUAGGCUGGGAGAGGCCGCUAAAGGUACAUUUGUUGAGUUUGAGAAUGCUGUUCGGAACGAGACUUCUAAGAAAACAAUGUUAAAUGCUGAGAUUCACCCGCUCACUCGUUAUGUCAUGAAUUACUUAACAUUGGUUGUGGUUUAUAGCAAGACUCUUGAUGCACUUUUAGAAGGCGACGACGAAGAUUUGCAGCACCUAGGGGGUGAUGGUGCUGAAAAUUCGGAGUUGGAAACUAUGUCGCCAUUGCCUCGUCGGCUGUUUUCAUUGUUAUCAUCACUGGAGACCAAUCUAGAGAAAAAAUCCAAACUCUAUGGCGAUGAUUCGAUUCAAUAUAUAUUUCUCAUGAACAAUAUACAAUACAUUGUGCAGAAAGCAAAAGAUUCUGAGCUUGGAAAGCUCUUGGGUGACCGCUGGGUUCGUAAGCGCCGAGGCCAGGUUCGCAUAUACGCGACGAACUAUCUUAGGGCGUCUUGGGGUAAAUUAUUAACUUUCUUGAAGGAAGAAGGUACUGGUGGGAGCUCCAAUAGUGCCCUGAAACUAGCUACUUUGAAGGAAAAGUUCAAAAAUUUCAAUGCUGGCUUUGAGGAAAUCUACAGGAUUCAGACAGGUUGGAAGGUUGCCGAUGCUCAACUACGAGAGGAGCUCCGAAUUUCGGUAUCGGCAAAAGCGCUACCUGCAUAUCGUGCCUUCUUGGGAAGGCAUGGAAGUCAGUUAGAGAAUACAAGACAUGCUGGGAGGUAUAUAAAGUACACAUCGGAUGACUUGGAGAACUAUUUAUUGGAUUUGUUUGAAGGAUCACCACAAGUUAUACACAACUUAAGAAGAAAAAGUAGUUCAUAGAGGGAUACUGAACCGACUCUAUUUAUACAGGUAUGACCCAUUGAAGAGGUUGCCCUGUUGAAUCUAGUUUCGUGAUAUUUACUGUUCUUUGUUGUUAAUACAAUAGGGUCAGAAAGACUCAUGUACAUGUUUUAUAGGCUAUAAUUUAUGUAUUUCUUGAUUGUCAUGGUUGGGUUCGUGCA